AUGAGUCUGCUCAUCUUAUUCUCAGUACUCCUUGCAUCUCUGAAUGGUGGCAGAUGUGCUGUGAUCACUGGGGCAUGUGACAGGGAUUUCCAGUGUGGCGUAGGGAUGUGCUGUGCAGUCAGCCUGUGGCUGAGGGGCCUACGAAUGUGCACGCCACAGGGGUUUGAGGGAGACGAGUGUCAUCCGUUUAGUCACAAAGUACCGUUCCUUGGGAAGAGACAGCAUCACACCUGCCCUUGUCUGCCUCAUUUAGUCUGCACCAGAUUUCCUGACAGCAGAUACCGGUGUACCAAAGAUUACAAAAGUAUAGACUUUUAA